UAAUAAGAUACGCAUAAUUUAAUAAAAUUGUGAGGUAGUAAGUCCUCAAAAUAUGCAUGAUGGUGAACCAUCCAUUUAACUGACCAUCUUUGUUUUUUCCAUCUCCCAAAUGAUUGCAAGCUGUAUUUAUAAAACCUAGAACCUUGAGUUUAAUAACUGGAUUAGGUUAAUAAAGGAUUGCAGGAAUUCUCACCCAAUGACUUGCCCUUGCCAUCAAAUGGCAGUCCUAGAAAAGAGUCCCUUAACGUUUGUAACCACUUCUCCUUUCUUUCUCCAAACAGAUGAAUUUCCAAACUCUUACAUGGCUCCUGGAAAUUUCACCCGGGUCACUGAGUUUAUUCUCACAGGUGUCUCCGACCGUCCAGAACUCCAGAUUCCACUCUUCUUUGUUUUCCUGGUCAUCUAUGGACUGACUGUGGCAGGAAAUCUGAGCAUCAUCACUCUCACCAGUGUUGACUCUCGACUUCAGACCCCCAUGUAUUUUUUCCUCCGACAUUUGGCUAUCAUCAAUCUUGGCAAUUCUACUGUCAUAGCCCCAAAAAUGCUGAUCAAUUUUUUGGUAAAGAAGAAAACCAUCUUCUACUAUGAAUGUGCCAUCCAACUGGGAGUCUUCUUGGUUUUCAUUGUAGCUGAGGUCUUCAUGUUAGCUGUGAUGGCCUAUGACCGCUAUGUGGCCAUCUGCAAUCCCCUCCUCUACAUGGUGGUGGUAUCUCGGCAGGUCUGCCUUCUGCUGGUAUCCCUCACUUACCUCUAUAGCUUUUUCAUAGCUCUUCUGGCUUCAUCUUCUAUAUUCUCCAUGUCUUAUUGCUCUUGCAAUGUCAUCAAUCAUUAUUUCUGUGAUACCGUCCCUUUGUUAGCAUUGUCCUGCUCUGAUACUUACUUUCCAGAAACAGUAGUUUUUAUAUCUGCAGCUACAGAUUUGGUUUUUUCCAUGAUUAUAGUUCUUGUAUCUUAUUUCAACAUUGUUUUGUCCAUUCUAAGGAUACACUCAUCAGAAGGAAGGAAAAAAGCCUUUUCCACAUGUGCUUCACAUAUGAUGGCAGUAACGGUUUUCUAUGGAACAAUGCUCUUCAUGUACGUGCAGCCUCCAACUAACCAUUCAAUGGAUACUGAUAAAAUGGCUUCCGUGUUUUACACAGUGGUGAUUCCAAUGCUGAAUCCCAUGAUCUACAGCCUGCGGAAUAAGGAUGUGAAGGCUGCCCUUUGGAGAUUUCUGCCAAACAUAUGCUGUUCUUUUAAAUUAAUGUGAAUUUAGAUCUCUAUAGUUAAAUGAAGACAAGAUCAAGAUAGGCUGUCAUUACAGCAGAGAAAGCAAAAGGGUAGGUGGCUGACCUCCUUUCUUUACAAGUACUUAAUCCUGUGAAUUAAAAGGGGCUAGGAUCAGGAACCAGUGAAUUAAAAAAAAACGGAAACUCUAGAAGUUAUCAGGUUAAUACAGAAGCAAAGGAUUAUUUACUAACUUUGCCAAGGAGUUUGCAGGUAGCUAGAUUGAAAUAUCUCCAAGAUUCAGGAAAGAUAUAAGUUAAAAAAUUAAAUAAGUUAAAACAGACCAACAACAUAUGGGUCAGAAAAGUAAGUCCAUUUCUCCUAUUUGGCUUCCUUUUUGGUUCCUGGAUGUGUUUCGUCAAUGAACCUUGAAAAACUGUAGUUGCGGUUGACCAAAAACUUACUAAAGCUAAGUUAGCAAAAUUAAAUUGACAGCUAUAUUUAAAACGAAACUCCCUAACACUUUCUUAAUAUCAUUUGAAUUACAAAAAUACAUUACCAAUGAACUUAUAUUCUGAAUGUUAACCAAAAUAUAAUUGAAAAUAUUUUUAUUUCAAUUUAUAUAAUUUAUACAAC